AUGCCGGGAAAUAAAGUCUACACAUUGAAUCUUCAGUCUUGUAUAAGUGUUGAUUACAAGCUACAGAGUAGAUUGAUAGGUGAGAAGGCGAGGCGGAAGGUGGCGGCCGGCGGGCGGUCAGUCAGUGCCGAGUCGUCGUGGAGGCUGUACGCCAUGGCUGCGCUCUCUCUCCUCCUCGCCGUAGCACUUGCAGGGGCCAGCGACGCUAUCGAUAACAUUUUUAAUAUACAUAAAUCUAGCAGUCAUGGUAAAGUGGAACUGCCGCCAGGAUGCCUGUACGAUGGGAGGUGGUAUGACGAUGGCGCUUCAGUUCGCACACGCGAAGCUUGCCUCGUGUGCGCCUGCGCAAGCGGUGCAUUGUCAUGUCGGCGUCGCACCUGUGCCCCAUUGCCCGAACCACCGCCUCGUUGUCAUACGUUACAUCGCCGUGGAGACUGUUGUCCUCAUAUACAUUGUCCAGAUGGUGUUAUUUUCAAAGGACCAGAAGCCAUUUUGGAAGAUAAAUUAAUCAGCCGUCCAGACUCAGUUGGAUUAGCACUUCCCGCUUGUGUUGAGGGAGGUACGGUGUACGCCGCGGGAUCAGCGAUGAGCUCCAACACAGCCUGUGAGCAAUGCUUCUGCUUAGGCGGAACUCGACGUUGCGUGCGUCCUCAAUGCUUGCCUCCGCCUAGCAGGUGCCAUCCUCGACCCGCGCCAGGGGCUUGCUGUCCUCAGCGGUUUUACUGUGACCACCCUCCCACUAUCCCACCCACGGAAAAGAAUGAACAUGAUUGUAAAACACCUGACGGUUUAUGGAUAGAGGAAGGAAAAUCGGUGAAAUCAAUGGAAGACCCUUGUACGCAAUGCUUUUGCUUGCGAGGAACAAUCCAAUGUCAACACAUGUCUUGUUCGCCUAACUUACUAGGAUGCAAGCCACUCGUUCAACCUGGGCAAUGCUGCCCACACCAGUAUCAGUGCGCUCACACAAAGCAAGCAACGGUGUAUAAUCUUUAUGAUCACGUUGGAAAUUUUUUGGAGCCAGUUCGUAACGAAGAUAGGUCGUUUCAUCCUUCUAAAUCUACGAAAAGGGAAACUACUAUCAAAUCUCUCAGUACAGUAAUGGACAGAACAUCGAAACCAAGCAAUAACAUAAUUCCUGCUACAGCAAGUAGCGAUAAAAGUACGACGCUACAAGAAAAUGAAAGCACCGUUAUAACUGAAAGUACGCAAACAGUAGACGAUAUACUCAAAGAUUCCACUACAGUCACAGAGGCAAGUACAACUGAGGAGCUCCCUGAUAGUUCUACCACAGAACAACCUGAGAAUUCUGUAAAAAUUAUGGUUAAUGGUACCAUUAAUUGUACAGCUGAAUUAUCCUCCACGUCUCUAUAUAAUAUCACUAGCAUAAACGAUACAUUGAAAAUGCACGCGGAGAUACAACCGCGUAUACCUUUUAUCGACAGCAUUGAGGUGGAAUCACACACAUUUCCAGCAAACGAGCUGAUAACAGAAAGAAAUCAUGAUGAGCUUGAUGAAACAGAAAGCUUCGUAAUAAACGUAACCAGUUCUUUAAGAACGAACACCACCUUCCCUUCAAUUUUAUCAACCUCAACCACGGUGUUGCCUAAGACUGCUCUACCGAUUUUAGCCGAUACGCACAACAUAACGAAGAAAACCAAAGACGACGCAGAUUAUGAUUAUAAUGAACCGACAUUGCCACCGUCACUUCCAAAUUUAAAGAUUAUUCCUUUUGUGGCAGCAGACGCCGUCGUAGAGGAAGAUUUGUCGCCAAAAGAAAAUUUAUAUUCAACUAUAGAGAGGGAAGAUAAAUUUCCAGUUUAUUAUCCGAGUAUGACACGCCGUGAAGAUAUCUAUAAACCCAAUCAGUACCCAGUGUUUACAAAUAAAGAAAAUGUCAAAUAUUCCCUACCACAUCAGCUGUCAGAAUUAUAUACAACUAAAGUAAAGGAUGUUGAAAAGCCUAUAGAGAUCACAGUAGGCACAUCUUUUAAGAAUACAAAAGAAAAUAAACCUGAGCAUAACUCACCUUUAAUUGAAAAUAUGGCUGUAGAGACUCCUGCCAUAAACUUAUUUUCACCGCCUGUCGAAACAGAGGGAGGAUUUGUACCAAAAAGCCCUAAUAUGAUAGACGAUUUCUAUGCAGUAUUUUCCAGUACAACUCAGGGGCCAAUUAUUCCCCAUCUUACUACAUCUAUGCAAAUAGAUAAUAAAGACGAUUGUGUAACAAGUGACGGUCGAAAAAUCACUGAAGGCGAUAAUGUGAAGCAGGCAUGUUCUAUCUGUACUUGCGCCUGGGGAGAGUUGCACUGUUCCCCUCAACCCUGUGAUAUCCCUCGAGGUUGCUUCCGCCGACCCACUGUAGGUGACCCAUGUUGUGGGAACCUUGUUUGUGAACAGGGAAAUCAUUCGGUGGUAACUGAUCAGAUUGAAGGAAAUAAUGGCACAGAUAUUAUUUUAGAAGAUGAGAGUAAUAAUAGCAAUGUUAACCAAGCGACCAACAGUUUUGUGGAUCCAGUGCAGAUAAGCAUAACUACCUCUACCUCAGUCGACCUCAGCAGUGUGACAACCGAUGAAUCAAAACUUAGAGAACAUAACGAAACGUCGAUUCAACCUAUAAAUGGAAUUAAAACUACUACAGUACAGACAACUAAAACUGAUAAGCCACAAGAAGUUCAUAAUGGAAACGUAAGUGACACCAAUACACAAUCGCAAGAGUACGAGGAUGAAGAAGACGAUGAAGGAUUCUCAUUAGGCAGUGUUUUACAACUACUCCUGAGCGAGACGUAUGAACCCACCACGGCUAUACCGUUUAAGAAAAUGCCACCGCGCACCGCAAGUUCACCAAAGCCACCAACCACUACAACGUCGCCCGUAACAACGUCUACUGCGAAACCGGCACCGUCACAUUUUAUUCCAACGAAGCAGUAUUCCUUCGUCCCCCCAAAAAAACUGAACUCCGUGAACAGGAUAGACCAUCUAGUGCUCGGAGAAGCGACCGCUAUUAAAAGAACAAGCACGCGAUCGACGACUACCAAGCCUAUCGUUACGACGAGAAAACUUUACGUUAAACCUACGCCGCGUCCAUUGAGUACAAAAACAGUAGAAAUCACAAGCAAGGGACAAGUAGGGCAAGCCGUAGAUGUGUCAAAGCCUCCGAAUGUGAUCCCGGGUCUUUUGCCGGGUUUGCCGAAACUAGCAGGGUGUAACAUAUAUGGGCGAAUGUACCGUGUGGGCAGAAUCAUCUCGGAACUAUCGACUCCUUGCCAAGAAUGCAAAUGUACGGAGCUCGGUGUUCAGUGUAGGCAAUUAACGUGUUAA